AUGAAAACCUCAGGUAAUAAAGAAAAUUAUUUACCUAAAUAAUUUAAGAAUCCUACUUCUCAAAAUAUUCUAUAAACGAACCAAAAUAACAAUCCAAAAGGAAGCUACAGACAAAAUACAACCCGUAAUAUUUUUUAUGAAUUUAGCUUCCAAAUUAAAGAGCAAUAAUAAUUAGUUUGAAGUAAAAAUUUAAAAAAGAUCAAUUUCUUUUAUCGAGGAAAAUUUAUAAAAAUAAAAUAUUGUUACUUAGAUAAAAGAUGAAAAAGAAUACAAUUAAUCUGAUGAUGAAUUAUCUUAAGAAUCUUUUAAUAUAUGGUAGGAAGAAUGUAAAUUUGAGGAUUUAUUUGAUUUAUUUUAAUUUAGAUUUAAUAACUCUAAUAAAACAGCUGAUCCAUUGUAAAAUAAUGUUAUGCAUAUGGUUAAAAGCUACAAAAAGCUUUUUGGAUAUAGUAUUUUUAGAACAAAUAUUGGAAAAAAUCCAUUUUAUCACUUGCCAAGAAGAAUGAAUUCACUUAAAUAUUUAAAUGAUUAAAAAUAGAAUACUAGAUACUCGAAGAUAUCUGCCAAGUUCAAAAUACAAGAAAAGUUACCUUUUGGAAAGAAUACAUACUUGUAUAAUUAAAUUACAAUUUAAAAUAUGAAAGAGAAAAAAUGA